UCUCUUCAUUCAGUGAAGUGUGAGCCCUAUUCUAUUUGCAUUCAAAAUGUACAAUAAGAACCAUUUGUCCAGCACCUUUAUUUUCAUACUUGUUUAAUUCUAAACAAGUUGAGACUCGAGAAUUAGUCGUCAAAUUACUCAUCCACAAAAUGGAGCAAAAUGGAGCAAAUUAUUCCCUUCCUUGUAUAAAUAGGUAGGGAAUAAGAGGAAGAAAUCUUCUUCCUAAGGAGCAAUUGAGGAGAAGCAAAAUGGAGGUCCAGUUGCUCCUACUUGAUAUUAGUCUCAUGACCUUGUGGUCUUUGAGCUGUAGUGCAAUACUUAGCGUAUCAUCAUCACCCUUGUUAGCAAAGCCUAAUUGUCAAUCCCAUUGUGGAGACGUAGAAAUCCCAUAUCCUUUUGGAAUUGGACCGAAUUGUAGUCACGGACCGUGGUUCCAAAUAUUGUGUGACAACUCGACCAACCUUCCCAAACCUUUUUUGAACCUUACCGACGGUCGACCGGAGGUUCUGGAGAUAUCUCUUGCGGGCACAUUAAAAAUAAAAAAUCCUAUCACCUUCUCCGAUUGCCCUAACAAGCCAAACCACCGCCAGACACCCAACCUGUUUCCAACCCCUUUUUGGUUCUCCGAUAGGAACAAGUUCACUUCAGUGAGUUGCGGGAGGCUUGCAUGGCUGGUGUCCCAGUCAACUGCAGGGACAAUGACGUCCAAGUCAGCAUUAGGGACAGAACCUGCUGUCUGUUUGUCCGUUUGCGAUUAUCCCAGUAGCAUAUUAGUAAAUAAUAGCUGCGGUGGUAUCGACUGUUGUCAGACAUCCCUUCGUUCAUCCAUUGGUACAACCUUCAGUAUUAGUUUUGGACCGUUGAUACUAAAUGAUACCAGUGAAAGAACUUGCAAGUACGCAUUUCUGGUAGACCCAGAAUGGUUUACGUCAAAUUCAACAAAUACUUCUGCCAUUGCUGAGAUGGACGACGUCCCCAUGGUGCUAGAUUGGACGACUGCGGGAUCUAUUGAUAAUUCUACGGAGGAGAACAGGAAUUGCACAUCUUCAGUAGGUCCAUGUUCCUGCUUAGAGGGCUAUCAAGGAAACCCCUAUUUGCGUGGUGGAUGUCAAGAUAUCAAUGAAUGCGAGGAUCCACAACGCUGUGGUUCUGAUAUUUGUUCCAAUUUUAAUGGUUCUUUUUAUUGCUACAAGCCACUGUCCCCACAACCUCGGCCAUUGCAGCCGAUUAAAUUGGGCAUUAUAGUUCUCUGCAGUGUCUUUGGACUGUUGUUUCAUAUCAUUGGCGCAUGGUGGUUGCACAAAGUCAUAAAGAAAAGGAAAAACAUUAAGCGAAAGCAAAAGUUUUUUAGCCUGAAUGGUGGUUUGUUGUUGGAGCAACAGUUAUCUUCUGGCGAAGUCAAUGUUGAGAAGAUUAAGCUGUUCAAUGCAAAGGAGUUAGAGAAAGCCACAGACCGGUUUAAUGUAAACAGAGUUCUCGGGCAAGGAGGCCAAGGUACUGUUUAUAAAGGAAUGUUGACAGAUGGAAAAAUUGUUGCUGUCAAGAAGUCAAAAGUAGUAGAUGGAGGAGAAGUGAAUCAAUUCAUUAAUGAGAUUGUCAUUCUUUCACAAAUUAACCACAGGAAUGUGGUUAAACUCUUGGGAUGUUGUUUAGAGAGCGAAGUUCCCCUAUUGGUCUAUGAAUUUUUACCCAACGGAACCCUUUCUCAAUACAUUCACAGCCGUGAUGAGGAUUUUCCUCUGACUUGGGAAAUGCGAUUACGAGUUGGUACCGAAGUUGCUGGAGCCCUUUCCUACUUACAUUCAUCUGCUUCAAUGCCCAUUUACCAUCGAGAUAUUAAGUCUUCAAACAUACUCCUGGAUGAUAAAUAUAGAGCAAAAGUUGCAGACUUUGGGACAUCAAGAACUGUUUCCAUUGACAAAACACAUCUUACCAUGACACAUGUAAACGGAACAUUUGGUUAUUUGGACCCUGAGUACUUCCAGUCUAGUCAAUUUACAGACAAGAGCGACGUUUAUAGCUUCGGAGUAGUCCUUGCCGAACUCUUGACUGGACAAAAACCAGUUUCUGUAACAAGAUCGCAGGAAGGGAAACAAGAUGGGAGAAGCCUAGCAACACAUUUUAUUGUGUCCAUGGAGGAGAGUUGUUUGUUUGAUAUUCUUGAUGCCGAAGUUAUGAAGGGUGGUAAGAAAGAAGAGAUAGUGGCGGUUGCUAAUCUUGCAAAACGUUGCUUGAAUAUGAAAGGAAAGAAGCGUCCAACUAUGAAAGAAAUAGCAGCUGAGUUGGAGGGAAUUCUAAUGUCAAGUAAAUCUUCUGAUGUCGAACACAUUGCAGAGGUUGAACGUGUCCAGACGGAAAUAGCCGAGGUUUGGGAUGUUUCUACAUCAACAGGCUCUCAUAUGGACACCGGUUCUUCAUUAUAUGUACAACCACUACUGUCUUUCAGGACUCGCUGAAAAUUGUUUGUGAAAUUCCGUUGUCUGUUUUUGGUAACAGUUGGUGUUUUUGUCAAAUUGUUUGUGAUAUUUCGUUGUCUGUUUCUGGAACAAUUAGUGUUUCUGUAAACUAUCACCUUAUAUGUGUGUAAAUUGUGAUGCAGUUCACUUCAUAGCUUGUUUCUGUUGUAAUUGUUAAAUUGUUCAGUUUCUGUAUGGUUCUAGUCCAACUAAUUCAUGUUGAGCUGAUAUAUAUAGAGCCGGUUAAGUAA